GAAGAGCCCCCAGGGCAGCGGGGUCAGGUGGGACUCAGAGCCCCCGCUAAAGGGCUGCCCUUCACCAUCCCUGCCUGAGGCAGCAGAGCUGCUGCAGUGCUGCCCUGUGCUGUGUUCGGCCCUUGUCCUGUCCCGGCUAGGGGUGGUGGCCCCAGGGGAUCAAAGUCUGGGGAUGGCAGGGGGGCAAUACCAAUGAAGUUGAUGUUGGGGUGCUGAGAGGGAGGAGGUCAUGCCGUGGUGUCCCUUCCUGUCCCCACAUUUGGGCUCAGCCACAGGAGCUGCAGAACACGAGGUGCACCAGGGGAUACCCAUUGCUACCAGGUCACUGCAUGGGACAGUGCCCCAAGACGUGGAGAGUUGGUGACUGUGAGGUGCUCAGCCACAUCUGCUCUGCUGGAGAGCACAGUGGGCAAAGGCUCUGGCUCAUUGUAAAGGACCAGAAGUGAGGGUGACAUGGCUGGGAGGUGGCAGUGACUGUCUCUCGAGAGCCGUGGGACUGAAGUGAUGCUAUGCAUGUCCCCCACAGUGCCACAGACCUUUGCUUCCUCCUUUGCUGCACCCUUCUCCUUUCCCCUGGACUGAGGUCUCUGUCGGACAGGGGGAAGUGCCUUUUGGGGGCUUUCCCUGCACCGCUGCUGCUGGCAGCACAUUUUCCUACUGACGUUUCUUCGGGGGAGAGUCUGGCUUUUGCUUUUGUGGAACCCAACCUGUUGGUGUGAGCAGGGCUGUGACACCCAGCUGUGCUAGAGUGGGAACUGUGGGUGUGGGGCUUUUGGUGCUGUUGCAACUUCUUCCCUCCACCGCCCUCCCAUCCUCACACACACACAGGAUGGGUUGCGUGAAGUCAAAGGAAGAUAGUGUCCAAGAGAAGAUGCAGUUAGGCCACAAUAAGAAGGACCCUACGUCUGGCAGCAAGCAACAUGAUGAACAUGGAGUGUCUGUGCCCCCGCCGGCGGAUGGUGCGUACACACAGCGAUGGGAGGGGAGCACAGUGGGGUCCUCACUGGAACCAAACCUGGUGGUGUGGGGGUUCUGUGCUUCCUGGCAGCAGGGACACGUGGGUGUGUGGUGCGUGGUCCCAACAUGGGGACAGGCACCCAGGAGCCACUCUCACUGCAGGUUCAGGGGACAACGUGGUGCUGGCACUGUAUGACUAUGAGGCGAUGCACUCUGGGGACCUGAGCUUCCAGAAAGGGGAGCAACUGCAGGUCUUGGAGCAGCUGGGAGAGUGGUGGCAGGCACGGUCGCUGGUGACAGGGCGCAAGGGCUUCAUCCCCAGCAACUUCGUCGCCCGAGCUAACUCACUGGAGGCAGAAGAGUGGUUCUUCAAAGGUAUCAGCCGGAAGGAUGCGGAGCGGCAGCUGCUCAGCCCCGGGAAUACAUUGGGAUCCUUCAUGAUUCGGGACAGUGAGACGACCAAAGGUUGCUACUCCUUGUCGGUGCGGGAUGGGGACAGCCUGCAGGCAGGCAGCAUCAAGCACUACAGAAUCCGGACACUGGACAGUGGUGGCUUCUACAUCUCCUCACGCAGCAGUUUCAACACACUGCAGGAGCUGGUGGAGCACUAUAAGGGGCAGAGUGAUGGGCUGUGCCGGAGGCUCACCUACCCUUGCAGUGUGCCCAGACCCCAGAAGCCCUGGGAGAAAGAUGCCUGGGAAAUUCCUCGGGAGUCGCUGAAGCUGGAGAAGAAGCUGGGAGCCGGGCAGUUUGGAGAAGUGUGGAUGGCAACCUACAACAAGCACACCAAGGUGGCAGUGAAGACAAUGAAACCCGGCAGCAUGUCUGUGAGUGCCUUCCUGGAGGAGGCAAACCUCAUGAAGAGCCUGCAGCACGACAAGCUGGUGAGACUGCACGCUGUGGUCACCAGGGAGGAGCCCGUAUACAUCAUCACCGAGUUUAUGGAGAAAGGGAGCCUGCUGGACUUCCUGAAGAGUGAGGAAGGCAACAAGCAGCCACUGCCAAAGCUGAUCGACUUUUCCGCGCAGAUUGCAGAAGGAAUGGCUUUUAUUGAGAAGAGGAACUACAUUCACAGAGACUUGAGAGCUGCCAACAUUCUCGUGUCAGCAAUGCUGGUGUGCAAGAUUGCAGACUUUGGGCUGGCCAGGAUCAUUGAAGACAAUGAGUACGUAGCUCGGGAAGGUGCCAAAUUUCCCAUUAAAUGGACUGCACCAGAAGCAAUCAACUAUGGAUCUUUUACUAUAAAAUCUGAUGUCUGGUCCUUUGGGAUCCUCCUGACCGAGAUCAUUACCUACGGGCGCAUCCCAUACCCAGGGAUGUCGAGCGCGGAGGUGAUCAGAGCUCUGGAGCACGGCUACCGCAUGCCCCGCACAGAAAGCUGUCCUGAGGAGCUCUACGAUGUCAUGAUGAGAUGCUGGAAAACCAAACCAGAGGACCGUCCCACCUUUGAGUACAUGCAGAGCAUUUUGGAGGAUUUCUUUACUGCGACAGAGGGCCAGUACCAGCAGCAGGCAUAGAGCAGAAAGCGUGGUGAAGGCAGAGGAGAGCACUGUGCACACCAUCCCAGCAGCACCACACGCACCCUGCUCCUUCCUGCCCUGCUUGUGGCGUUUAAUGUGUGCCUCCCUCAUCUGCCAGCCUGGUACAGAAAAUGACAACUUCCAGAUGUGGCCUGGCUGGGCACAAGGGGCACAAGAGGAGUGGUUUAUUCGAGUCUCUGGGUACAGCACUGCAGCACUUCAUCUCAUCCCUGCCCCGGGGCCCUGAGGAGGUGUCACAGAACCACAGCUCCCUUUGGGUGUCCCACUUCUCGUGGUGCUUCACCUGCUGAGCGCGAGGAAUGCAGGCACAGCGGGGCUGACUGCACCUCAGUCACAGCAUGCAAUCGCAGAGCCAAAGAGCGCGGUGGGAUGGAAGGGAGCCACGAGGAUCGCUGAGCCUCUCUGGGGCCAUCAGCAGCACUGCAGGGCUUUGCACGGCGAGCAACGAACGUUCCUUGCACACUCAUUUUGUCCUUG